AUGCCGGCUCGCAGGGGCGGAAGAGACAGCCGAGGCAGGAGGUCUCCCAGCUAUCGCCUGCGAGACCGUGGUGGCAGCCGAAGUCCAAGUCGAGGAAGGGGCCGAUCCCGUCGGGGAAGCCGCAGCCUCAGCAGGCGGGGAAGCAGGUAUAGCCCCCCGCGGCGCCGCACCCCUCCCCGCCGUAGUCGCAGCCGGAGCCGGCGCGAGCGUGAGGAGCAGAAGAGACGGGAGGCCCAGAAAAAAAGAAUGGAGAAACGACUCCCGCCUCCAGCUGUCCGAGGCCCGGAUAAGCCCCAAGUCACGGAAGAGCACAAGGCCAAUUCCAUAGAGUUCAACGGCCGAUACUAUGCAACUCUCGACUUCACACCACCUAACUCAGGUGGAGACCCUGAGGGCCAGAAAACACGUAUUCAGAUGCCUUUCGGCUGGGAGGUGGCAGAGAUCACUGAUGACGUCAGGGACGCAGUCGUCAAGCUCUAUACUUUCGGCACGGAGCUCGUAAUUGGAGAGGGCGGCAAAGCUUUUCACACGGCCAAAGGAGCUCGUCCGGGUGCCUUGGAGAUGAUUUGGGACUACAAGACGCUUAGCUGCUUUUGGGCGGGAGGGCCACAUUAG